AUGACUACCCGCAAAUGCGCUGCGUUGGUCGUGGGUGCUGGCCCGGCCGGAGUCGCGGUGGUUGGAAACUUACUGGAGCGCCAACUGGGCACAAUCGCAUGGAUUGAUCCGAGUUUCGAAUCGGGUCGUGUGCAUCGUAAAUAUCGCGAAGUUCCCAGCAACACCAAAGUCGCCCUGUUCCAGUCAUUCGCUACCGCUGUGGAGCCAUUUCGAACGGUCAUUGAGAAUACCCCCAAGCCCAAUGCCUUCACGCGACUGGCCAAAUUGGAUCAGGAACAGACCUGCCAUCUUUCCUACGCGGCAGACAUGAUUCGAAGUCUGACGGAUGGGUUGAUCAAGAUGGACCAGGUCCAGGCCUGCCGGGGCUUUGUGACGGCGGCCAACCUCGACAGCACGGCAUCAAGCGACUCCCAAUGGACCGUGAGGGUCCAACAACAUGGCUCCCAGACGCCAAUCAUCAUCGAAACUGCGCGGCUGAUCCUGUGCACUGGCGCUCAUCCAACAGACAUUCCAGUCCCGGUUCCGGGUCUCGACAUCACCCACCUCGAUCUGGAUACUGUCCUGAAACCCUCAGAGCUUGCCACCACCCUCCCCGUCGAUACGCCCACUACCGUCGCCGUUGUCGGUGCCUCUCACAGCGCCAUUCUUGCACUUCUCAAUCUCGUGACUCUGGCGCGUGAAUCUCAUCCCAAGUUGCGCGUGAAAUGGUUCACUCGUCACCCACUCCGCUAUGCAGAGUACAUGGAUGGCUGGAUUCUGCGAGACAACACCGGCCUCAAGGGUCUGGCCGCUAACUUUGCGCGUACCGAGCUCGAGGAUGACAAGUUGGCUACUUCACCCGCAGGCCAGGUCAUCGAGAAAGUAAACUGCGGCGGUGGAAAACAUCUCGAAGAUGCACAGUACAGAACGCAUCUGCCCCAAUGCUCGCAUAUCGUUCACGCAGUGGGAUUCACGAGAGAUCCUCUCCCGCACUUGGUCCAGGACGGAAAUCCCCUGGCUAUGGACUUUGAUCACGACUCUGGGAGAUUCCAUGUCAAGGAUGACGGACCCUUGAUUCCCGGGCUCUUUGGUGCGGGAAUUGCGUUUCCCGAGCGGGUUGUUGAUCCUCGUGGGAAUGAGGAAUUCGCUGUUGGUUUCUUCAAAUUUAUGAAGUUUUUGAAGAGAGUCGUGCCGUCGUGGGCGUCUUGA